AUGUCGGAGCGCAAGGCUGUGAUCAAGAAUGCAGACAUGCACGAGGAUAUGCAGCAGGACGCAGUGGACUGCGCCAGCCAGGCGUUGGAGAAAUACAACAUUGAGAAGGACAUUGCCGCCUUCAUCAAGAAGGAGUUUGACAAGAAAUACAACCCCACGUGGCACUGCAUCGUGGGCCGCAACUUCGGAUCAUACGUGACUCAUGAGACCAAGCACUUCAUCUACUUUUACCUGGGUCAGGUGGCCAUUCUGCUCUUCAAGUCCGGUUGA